CUGUGUCCCAGGCUGUCCUGGAACUUGCUUUGUAGACCAGGCUAGCCUCUUCUUCAGGCAUUCACUGGUCUGAUCGGUGUCAACCCCUCCCCCUACUUCCAUGCCUGGACUGAAGGUGUGGGUCACCAUGCCCAGUAUCUCUCUGCCUUCCUAGGGCUGGGUUAUAUAUGCUCACAAUGCACCAUGCCCAUGUCAGAUACGCCAUCUCUUGAAGUUAGUUAACAGGAAAGCUUACUGUCCACACACAUAAGAUGAAAGAGCAGUUAGCACAAAAGGAAAGGUGCUGGCAAAAUGUUACUUGGACUCAGCCCUGACAGAAGUUUGAUUGGGUGAAAGUUUAAGAUCUUGUUUGAGUGUUCUGUCUGCUGAUUUUUAGAAUUGCCUGAAAAAAAUCCCUGAGUGACAGGAAGGCAACAGCAGGCUUUCCUGAACUGUAGUGGUACCAACGCUUCAAAUAUGUCAGUGGAAUAGAAGAUGAACUCAACUGAAUUCAGUGAAGAUGUAGAAGAAGUUGUGAAAAAUAACACUGUGAAGGUAGAGGGUGACGAUGCUGCGCUGGACUGCUCCCGGAACUCCAGGGCCUCAGAGAAGCACCCCUUGGACAGCGUCCUCACUGCCCUCCAGGAGUCCAGCAAGCGGAAGCAGCUGGGCAGUGACGGCCAACCAGACUCCGUCCCCAGUGUGAAGAGGAGACGGCUGAUACCAGAGGCACUCCUGGCAGGCAUGCGCAACCGUGAGAACAGCUCGCCCUGCCAGGGAAAUGGAGAGCCAGCGAGCAGGGGCAGGAGUGGGAGCUGUGUGUGGCCUACGGAAGACGAGCCUUCCAGUGAGGCCACAACUCCUUCCUACAAGAAGCCUCUGUAUGGCAUCUCCCACAAGAUCAUGGAGAAGAAGAACCCUCCCUCCGGAGACCUGCUCAGCCCCUAUGAGCUCUUUGAGAAGGCGAACUCCAGUAACAGCCCCUCUCCUCUGCGCCUGCUGAAUGAAUCUCAGAAACGGGAAUGUGGUGCUGGGGUGGCCACUGAUGGGGACCCCAAUAUCUACUUCCUGAUCCAGAAGAUGUUCUACAUGCUCAACACGCUCACAUCUAACAUGUCCCAGCUUCACAGCAAGGUAGACCUGCUCUCCCUCGAGGUGAGCCGCAUCAAGAAGCAGGUGAGCCCUUCUGAGCUGGUGGCUAAGUUCCAGCCUCCCCCUGAAUACCAGCUCACUAGCGCUGAGCUGAAGCAGAUAGCGGAGCAAAGCCUGUCCUGCGGCGACCUAGCGUGUCGCCUGCUGGUGCAGCUCUUCCCGGAGCUCUUUGGAGAGGUGGAUUUCUCCCGCGGCUGCAGUGCCUGUGGCUUUGCCGCCAAGCGGAAGCUCGAGUCGCUGCACCUCCAGCUCAUCCGCAACUACGUGGAGGUCUACUACCCCUCUGUGAAGGACACAGCUGUGUGGCAGGCUGAGUGCUUGCCACAGCUGAACGACUUCUUCAGCCGCUUCUGGGCCCAGCGAGAAAUGGAGGACAGCCAGCCAGGCAGCCAGGUCACCAACUUCUUUGAAGCAGACCAAGUGGAUGCAGGCCACUUUCUAGACAACAAGGACCAAGAAGAAGCUCUGUCUCUGGACCGCAGCAGCACCAUCGCCUCGGACCAUGUGGUGGACACACAGGACCUCACCGAGUUCCUAGAUGAAGCCUCCUCCCCAGGUGAGUUUGCCGUGUUCCUCCUGCACCGGCUCUUCCCAGAGCUGUUUGACCACCGGAAGUUGGGUGAACAGUACAGCUGCUAUGGCGACGGUGGCAAGCAAGAGCUGGAUCCCCAGAGGCUGCAGAUCAUCCGCAACUACACGGAGAUCUACUUCCCGGAUAUGCAGGAGGAGGAGGCCUGGCUGCAGCAGUGUGCCCAGCGCAUCAAUGAUGAGCUGGAGGGUCUGGGGCUGGAGGGGGGCAGCGAGGGGGAGGUCCCACGGGACGACUGCUACGACUCCUCUAGCCUGCCGGAUGACAUCUCAGUGGUCAAGGUAGAGGACAACCUGGAGGGCGAGCGGCCUGGCCGGCGCUCCAAGAAGAUCUGGCUGGUGCCCAUUGAUUUUGACAAGUUGGAGAUCCCACAGCCAGACUUCGAGAUGCCAGGCUCAGAUUGCCUACUGAGUAAGGAGCAGCUGCGUAGCAUCUAUGAGAGCAGCCUGUCCAUUGGCAACUUUGCCUCCCGCCUGCUAGUGCACCUGUUCCCGGAGCUCUUUACCCACGAGAACCUGCGCAAGCAGUACAACUGCAGCGGCUCCCUGGGCAAGAAGCAGCUGGACCCAGCCCGCAUCAGGCUGAUCCGCCACUACGUGCAGCUGCUCUACCCUCGGGCCAAGAACGACCGCGUGUGGACUCUGGAGUUUGUGGGCAAGCUGGAUGAGCGCUGUCGGCGCAGGGACACGGAGCAGAGGCGCUCUUACCAGCAGCAGCGCAAGGUCCACGUACCUGGCCCCGAGUGCCGGGACCUAGCAAGUUAUGCAAUCAACCCCGAGAGGUUCCGAGAGGAGUUUGAGGGGCCCCCGCUGCCUCCUGAAAGGAGCAGCAAAGACUUUUGCAAAAUCCCCUUGGACGAGUUGGUGGUCCCCUCACCCGACUUUCCGGUGCCUUCUCCCUACCUGCUGUCGGACAAGGAGGUUCGUGAGAUCGUGCAGCAGAGCCUGUCGGUGGGCAACUUCGCUGCCCGACUCCUGGUCAGGCUCUUCCCUGAACUCUUCACAGCUGAGAACCUUCGACUGCAGUACAACCACUCCGGGGCUUGCAAUAAGAAGCAGCUGGACCCCACGCGCCUGAGACUCAUCCGCCAUUACGUGGAAGCUGUCUACCCGGUGGAGAAGAUGGAGGAGGUGUGGCAUUAUGAAUGUAUACCCAGCAUUGAUGAGCGGUGUCGCCGCCCCAACAGGAAAAAGUGCGACAUCCUCAAGAAAGCCAAGAAAGUGGAGAAGUGACAAGUCUGGGGCUGCCCAGGGACUUGGGUCACCACGGACUGAGCGUUGCUCCGGAGCUCGUGUACGGUAUCCACAGACAGGCACCUUAUGUCAGUGGGGAGUGGUUUCCUACCUUUGCACACACCACCUACCCAGCCACAAGAAAGAAGCCUUGAAUUUGGUCUCUUGUAUUCAUGACUUUGUUCCGUGUUCCCUGCUGGCACAGCUGGAGUUGGGGAGUAGCCAAGCUGUGAAAUGAGAGAAUCGAUAGGGUAGAGUCCCUUUUCAGGGCUGGGGCACCCUCCCUAACCCUCACAAUCCAAAAUACAAAUUUAGGCUAGCUGUGGUGACCCACACCUAGGCAGAGGCCAUUGUGAGUUCAAGGCCAGUCUACGUAAUGAAUUCCAGACCAGCCCAGGGCUACACAAUGAGACCCUGUCUCUCAAAAACACCAAAAUACAAAUUCAGCAAGCUUGUUUCUCUCCCCCAUGUUUUACAUCCCCCCCUUUUUGAAUUAAAAUGAAACCCUUUUAAAGAAAAUCAUUCGCUCUUUGGGAGCCAUUUUACUUAGGAAAAGAAAUCUUAAAAAAAUAAUUGAGAUGAGAUACUGUACGAUUACUUAAAUUGCUGGGAUUUUUAAGGAUGAUUUUAGAUUUAUGUUUUUUUUGUUUGUUUUUUGUUUUAGAAAUGCCAUAUUCUGGCAUUAUGUGUAACUAGCUUCAGGUGGCACGGUGACUGGUUUUACUAAUCCUGUGUUUGACAUCUGGUUUCAGAGAGUCCCGAGGCCCCUCGGAUUCACAGAUGGGAUGGAAUAUAAGUAGUGGGUAGCCCCUUGAUCCUGUAUGUGAGUUUUCCUACUGCUGUGGCCCCCAGAAAGGUUACCUGUGGCCCAGCCUGUCUGCCACUGCCGUGUGGUGCUCACUGUGUAGACAAGAACACUGGAAGAUGAUAUGAAUGUAGAUAGACUGGAGGCAUAGUUCACGUCUUCACGUGAGCUGUGUCCUUCCUCAGCCCCAUUCCCUCUCCGCACACAGGUGCUGGAUUAGAAGGACAGACACAUUGGAAGGAACACAAUGUGUUAGGGAUGAUUUUGUGUGAUUUAUGGGUGGGCUUCUUUUGGGUUCACCAAGAACUGUUUACUUUCCAUGUAUUUGUACAGAGUCCCUAUCCCCAGACCUCAGUGUUAGCUCCUCCCAUGAGCAGCAUGGCCUUGGACCUCUACGAGCCUAGGCUCUUGCAGGUGUUGGAGGGACCCAAACCAUCUUAAGUGGAGCGCCCAUGCUCCUUCCCAGCCCCACUCAGACCUUUCCCCUCAAACCUUCUAGGAAGUUCUGCCGUCCUCUCCUGGCCCACCCCUAACGAGGAGGUGCACAUGUCUUCCACCCUUCUACACUGGGGCCAGAUGCCUAAGAAGGGCAGGAGACGGUGCUCCCCAAACUGAAUCCAUCUUACCAUUGACCUCGAGAAUUAAUUCAGUUGCCUGGGUAGUCAUAAUACCCUUGUGGGACAUUACAAAUGUGAUAACUUAAUGACUUACUAUUUUGCUACCUUAAUAUGCAGAAGUGUUAGAAAUAAUCUAUGAAUUUUCUCAUACAGAUAAGAACUUUAGUUCUAGUAGACAAUAUGAUAUAAUUUUGCAUGUACCCAAUGGGCAUUUAAAAAAAUAACAAUUUUGAAUACUAUAAAGCUUCUAUUCACUGUCAUUUUCAGAUUAUUUAUGCUGUAACUGUAAACCUAAAUUAUUGUUGUUGAGAAGUGCAUAGGGAGCUCAUGGCUCUCUGUCACAUGACCACACCUGCAAGCAUUUCUCCUUACUAGAACACAAACAAAUCAACCUUCUUUGUGCCCAGAAAGAAGGUAUGGGGGCAGCCAGAAGACUCCCUUUUCCCUCACUCGGGCCUCUCUCUAAUGCCUUAGUCUCACACACACGCAUGCGUGCAUGCACACACCUACCCCAAAGAUGGCUGUGGUGUUCUCUCAUGCUUCCGCUAGCUUGAGAGAAUUCCGCGAGAUUUGUUCUGGUCUUGAGGAUGUGACCGAGAGGAUUCCAAGCCAUGUGAAAGUUGUCCUGAGCUCUAGAGUGGGUUGUGGCCCUGCGACGUCAGAAGCACAAUCGGUUAGCAAGUUUUUAGAAGUCCUGUUUCCUCACAGCAGAGAAACGGCAAGUUCUAGCAGUUCAGCAUGACUUUGUGUAACCCAGAGCGUGUUGACUCUGGGAAACUAUAUUUUGGUUUCCUUAACACUUUAACUAUGUAGGGCUUCACAGCCUGCCCCCCCCCCCCCAAUCUCAUUGUCCCUUUCAGUGAAAAGAGGCAGACACUCUGGGAGCUGUUUCCUACCCCUGGACUGUAUGGUAUCCUCACUUACCCAUCCAUACAGGUAGAUCCAGUGGGCAUUUUUUUUUGUCAUGAAGCAAUAUGAAUAUUAAAUACUUAUUUUUUCAGAAUUUAAUGGGUUCCAUGAAAUCUGUUGGCGACUGCUUUCCUUGUUCCCCAUCUUCCCCAUCUAACUCUUCGUUUGUGUUUUGGAUUCUUUCUGCCUUGUAUACAGAGGACUAAAGAUUAGCACAGACAUUCUGACGUUGAGUAAGGUAGUGUGUCGGUGGGUGGUAGACGUCUUGCUUUUCUUUGUUAGGAAGCUGUUAAAGAAUGUAUGAAGAUAGUCAUGAAUGUAUAGUGUUCGAAUCCUGCUCUUAGUUCAUGUGGCCGUGUCUGUAUGAUGACAAAUGUUUGUCAGGGAAUAAAGUGUCUAGUGUCAUUAGCGCUCAGUGCCCUUCCCCUUCAGCAUUGAGCCCCAAGCCUUCCUUUCCUUUUAAGUUAGGGGGUGAGGGGUUUAUAUCAGCAGCAAUCAUCAACCGACCAAUGGGAUCUACUUCGUGGUGACUGGAUUUGGCCUGAUCACACCACAGUGUGGCCGGCCUCUUGGGUUCUUGGAGAGAUAUUCUGUUUCUACCAUUCCCCCAGAGAUUGCUUCUUGCCUGACUGGGAGGUUCCUGGAGACUCCUGCUUGGAAGUCACUGGGUCAUUCUGAAGUGGGGGUCAGGGCCCAGGGCCUGGUACUGCUGUGGGAAGUCCUUGCCUCUUGUAGAUCCAGCCUUAAUGUCUGACAUCCUAGCAUGAGCAGACCCUGCACAGAGUGGAUGUCAGGUUUCUACUGUGAGGAGUCAAUAAUGCGGACAGUUUUACCAAAGAGAACGAGACACCACAUCACGUCUGCCUGUUACCAUUGAUCUGAGUGCACCCUUAGAAAACUGAAUGUAACACAAACCCAGGACAUUUUUGGAAAUUGUAUGAUCUCUAGCAACUUUGUGUGAAUUUUUAUACAAGCACUGUUUUAUUAAUUAUAUAAAAUAU